AUGCAAGAAAGCCUCAUUGUAAUCAUACAGACGCUCCUCUCAAAAGGAAUGAUAAAAGUCGAAAGCGAGGUUGAUCUGUCUAGAAUAAAUAGACACUUGUCUCCAAUUGGAUACGAUGUAGUGGAGUUUCCUCACAAAAGAAUACUUGUGCUGAAGGACAGAAGUGAGUCUACGUGGAUUCAGCCUCCUUGGAAAGAAAAGACCAUCGAAGAGGCAAAGAAGGUAUUUGUGAAACUGUCACAGUGCACAUAUCUAGAUGAGCAGUCCGCAGUCGUUGACAUGCUCACUGAGUUUAACUAUCUUAAAAGAGAAGAUGGGAGAUUAAAAUUUACAGAGAGAGCACUAGUUCAAUUUAGCGACUUUAUAGAAGGAUUGGAUGGUAGAUUUAAGAAGUGCAAGCUUUGUGGAUUUUUAGGAGACGAGGGGGAGUUCCACAAUGCCUGUAAGGAUUUUAUGGGUAGUCAGCAUAUAAGUUAA